AUGAGUGACACGACUUCUGCAGUUGAAGCAACUGAUUUUCAAGAAAAUGAGUCUGAAGAUGGAACUGGGGAGGACAAGGCGGUAGGGCUUCAAUUAAGUUUCAAUCAUUGAUUUCAUUGCUUCCCUGUUCUUAUGUGUAAAAAAAGCCCUGGCUGAUAUAGUGUUCGUGCUAGCGCAAGAGUUAUCCCGUGUAGUGUAGAAAUAGCCUUACAACACUUUAACAACAUUCUCGUCUUAUGGCCUAAUUCAAAAAAGAUAAAUUAGGCUCCAUUUUAAAUGCUGCCUGGAAACGGAUACCAGGGGUCGUCAAUCCAGGAUAUUUUUACGUCGCUAGGGGUUCUUUUACGUCCCACAAAAGCCAGAUCAGUACAGUUUUGGAGCUUAUCCGAGUACACUAGAAAGCUCAAAGGUCCAAACUUCUGCAAAUGUGAAACAAAGGCACCUUUUCCUCAGUUAUUAAUUCUGAGACCAUGAGUGAGUUGGUCCACCCCAGAAUGAGUACGGGCAUACUCACGGAAAGUCUGACUUUCAAUCGAUUGCGCUGACCAGGUGGCGGGUGCAUCUGGGUCCUCGGCCAUGCUGGCCUAGAGUAGAAUCUAAAAAUAAGAGGGGAGCACUUCAAACUAUGUUGAAACGCCUGGCACACUUGCUAUGGUUCUACAUUUGUUUUAACGACUGUCUUUGCAUCUUUAGAAUGUUAAUGAAAAGAACUGCGAGGAGGAGUUCCAUGAUAAAGCUUUAGAGGGACAUUUGUAUCGUAGAACUGCCAUUAAAUCUUUCAACGAAGGUGAUUUCCAGGAAGCCAUACGGUGGCAUGAAUUGCAUCUUAAAAUUACCGAGGAAAUUGCCGACAGAACUGGAGAAGGCCUCGCCUGUGGCAGCCUUGGCAUUACCUUUUUUCAUCUCGGUGACUUGAAGGAAGCUAUCAACUACCACGAGAGACAUCUCGGUAUCUGUAAAGAAUUGGGAGACCGAGCUGGGGAAGGACGUGCGUACAGCAAUCUUGGCUCUGCCUUCUAUGGUUUGAAUGAUUUCAUAAAAGCCAAAGUCUACCACCAACUUCAUCUUGACAUUACCAAGCAACUGGGCGACAAGAAAGGUGAAAAAAGUGCUUGUGCUAAUCUUGGGAAAGUAUAUGUUCGCCUGAGGGAUUAUAACAAAGCAAUAGAAUACCACCGCUUACAUCUCUUCAUUGCCAAAAAUUUGGGUGACCGCACAGGGGAAGUAAAUGCGUAUGCCAAUCUUGCCUUUGCGUAUGCAUCCCUUUGCAAUUUUAGAAGAUCCAUACAGUAUCACAACCUUCAUUUAAGCAUUGUCCAAGAAAUCGGGGACAAAGUUAAAGAAGAAGUUACUUACUCAAACCUGGGAAUGGCGUAUCGUAACUUAGGGGAUUUCCGUACAGCCGUAGGGUAUCAUCAGCAACAACUUGAAAUUGCAAAGGACCGACGAGACAGGCAUUCAGAAGCAGAUGCAUACGCUAGUCUUGGACAUUGUUACAGAUCUCUUGGUGAUUAUAGGACAGCAGUUAAGUACUACGACCUACAUCUCAGUGCAGCCAAAGAAAUUGGAGAUAGAAAAGUAGAAGGACAUGCCUAUGCUAGUCUGUCUACUAGUUACUGUUUUUUACGUGAUUUUGAAAGAGCAAUAUAUUGUUCCCAGAUACACCUCGUUAUUACACAAGAGGUAGAAGACAGGACUGGUGAAGGACAAGCGUAUGGCAAUCUUGGCGAUGCUUACCACUUUCUCGGCAAUUUUGAAACAGCGGCACAAUGCCAUCAACUAGCUCUAAGCAUUUCCAAAGAAUUGCAAGACAAAGUUGCGGAAGGACAUGCGUAUCAGAGUCUUGGCCGUGACUUUUGCCGUCAGGGCAAUUUCAAGAAAGGUUUAGAGUAUCAUUUACUGCACCUACGCACUGCUAAAAUGACAGGCGACCAGGCUGACGAGGGAAUUGCUUACAACCAGCUAGGAAAUACGUAUUACUUUUUAGGUGACUUGUCGAGGGCAGAAGAAUCCUACAAAUUAAGCGCAAAAUUGUUCGAUGGCAUUAAAAAUAAUCCUCAGUUGAAAGAACACUGGCAAAUUAGCCUUCGAAAUUAUCAAAAAGAUAACUACAAUGCUCUAUGGAAAGUUCUUUUGCAGCAAGGAAAUGUCAAGGAAGCCCUUUUUACAGCUGAAAGGGAGCGCGAGCAAGCUCUAGAGGACCUCAUAGAAUGGGAGUAUGGUUUAACCUCUAAUCAGACAGUUUUUUGUGAAGCGAAUGAAAACGAAUUUCUCAAUGCUUCUUCGUCGCAAACAGUGUUCAUAGCAGUUGACCAAAACGCAAUCAAUUUUUGGGUUUUAGACAAAGGGAAUAGCCCUUUCUAUGAACAAAAAGAAAUUGAUCAACGAUAUUUGAAAGACUGUGUCGACGCUUCCUUGGCUUCGUUAAGUCAGGAUGAUUACUAUAGAACUGGGGUGGGGGAAAGCGGUAGUUAUGAGGAUCGUUCUUUGGACUCUUUGGUAAAUGCAGAAACACGCGAUAAAUCUAAUAUGAAAAGGCCAGCUCCAGUUAGUGGGACAGAAGAUCCUUUGAGGGUAUUACAUGACAUGGUUAUAAGCCCUAUAGCAAACAAAAUUCAAGGUGAUGAGAUUAUUGUUGUUCCGGAUGGUCCCUUGUUAUAUGCUCCAUUUGCUGCACUCUUAGAUCGACAUUCCAAAUUUUUCUCUGAAAUGUCUACAGUUCGUAUAAUACCGACUUUAAGCAGCUUGAAGUUAAUGGAACAGUACUCAGAAGGGCGACAUAGAACAGACGUUGCGCUGCUCGUUGGAGAUCCAUGGCUGGGAAGCAUUCGCGUCGAAAGGAAAGGAAAGAAAAAAGAAAAGAAGAAAAAGAAAAGGAAAGGUAAAAAAGUCGAGGUUAAUGGCCUUUCUCAACUGCCAGCCGCUAAAACAGAGAUCGAAUUGAUAGGAAUGAUUCUGAACACUAAGCCGCUCACUGGAAGAGAGGCCACAAAGCAAGAGGUGCUAAGACGGAUACGCUCAGCGACGCUUGUUCACAUUGCUGCCCGUGGAAAAGUGGAAACUGGUGAAAUUGUUUUGUCCCCUAAUACAACGCACUUUUCAGAGACCCUCAAAGAGGAAGACUACCUCUUGACUAUAAGAGACCUCAAAGACGCAGAGCUACAAGCGAAAUUGGUUGUUCUAAGCUGCUAUCAUAGUGGUCGAGGAGAGGUCAAGUCUGAGGGUGUGGUGAAUAUUGCUCGUGCUUUUCUGAGCGCUGGCGCGCACUCGGUUUUGGUGCCAUUGUGGGGAAUUUGCAAUGAAGCCACUCAAGAAUUCAUGAGAAACUUCUACAACAAUCUUGUAGAAGGACUUAGUGCCAGUAAGUGUCUAAGCAUGGCGAUGAAAGUAAUGAGGGAAUCAGACAGAUUCAGUAAUGUCAAACACUGGGCCCCAUUCGUACUGAUCGGUGACGAUGUCACAUUCAACUUUUACACAGAAGCCCGGUGA